UAAUGUUAUUGUCAAAAGCAAAAUAGAUAGUAUGUAUUUCAAAAACAGGUGAGAGAUUUAAAUUUGCUAAUCCUGACCUUUGUAUUUUAGAAAACGCAUCUGUAGCAAUUAAUGAGUAGGGAAUGAUUGUUGAUAUUGGAGAUAUCGAUGAAAAAUAUUAAAAUUAUAAAAUUGUAGAUUGUAGAGGCAGAUGUGUAUUACCAGGAUUGAUUGAUGCUCAUACUCAUCCUUGUUAUGCAGGAGAUAGAUCUGGAGAGUUUAAGAUGAAAUUGGAAGGAGCAACAUAUAUGGAAAUUCACAAUAAAGGAGGAGGAAUUAUGUAUACAUCUAGAUGUGUGAAUUAAUCGAGUUAAGAAGAAUUAGAAUAGAUUUUAGAAAGUGGAAUCAAGAGAGCUAUUAGAAAUGGAACAACUACUAUGGAAGCAAAAUCUGGAUUCGGUUUGUCCACAGAUGGCGAAGUCAAAUAGUUAUUGACUAUUGAAGCUGUAAGCAAAAGGAGUCCUAUAGAAAUAGUUUAAACUUAUUUGGGAGCUCAUGCUUUACCACCUGGAUUGAGUGAGAAAUAAGCAGAAUAGGAUAUUAUCAAUAAUCAAAUUCCAUAAAUCAAGAAAUUAAUAGAUGAAGAUAAAAUCCAUCCUGAAUUUGUAGAUGUGUUUUGUGAAAAGGGAAUAUAUGAAUUAGAAUCUACUAAAAAUAUAUUAUAAGAAGGAGCAAAGAUAGGAUUGAUUCCAUCUUUUCAUGGUGAAGAAUUAAAUCACUUAGAAUCAGCAAAAUUAGGAGCAGAUUUAGGAGCAAUAGCUAUAUCCCAUUUAGAACAUGUAAUUUAUAUUUAUACUAUUUUUAGUUAUCUAAAGAAGGAAUAUAAGCUAUGGCAGAAAAAAAGGUUGUUGGGAUUAUUCUUCCAACAACUUAAUUCAUCUUAAAACUUUAACCUCCUCCAGUUAGAGAGAUGAUUGACAGUGGAGUCCCAACUGCUCUAGCCACUGAUUAUUGUCCAAAUGCAUAUUGCAUGUCUCUUCCUUUCACUAUGAGUUUAGCAUGUUUGAAUUUGAAAAUGAGACCAAAUGAAGCUUUAUGUGCAGUUACUCUCAAUGCUGCCGCUGCAUUAAAUAGACAUAAAACAAUUGGUUCUAUUGAAAUUGGAAAAUAGGGAGAUUUUGUCAUUUUAGAUGCUCCUACUUGGGAACAUCUAGUUUAUUAAAUUGCUGAUUCUCCAAUUUGGAAAGUCAUCAAGAAAGGCAAAAUUAUUUAUGAAUAUUUAUGA